AUGGCUCUGGGGAUAUCGCGCUCACAGCGCUUGAUCAUGGUGAUCGGGAUAUCAUCAUGUUUCUUCUUGACUGAAAUCUCAAUUGGCUUGUACACUCAUUCGCUGGCUCUGGUGGCAGAUGCCUUUCACUAUUUGACUGACCUGAUUGGGUUCGUUGUCGCCUUGUUGGCCUUGAAGCUUUCUGAGAUCGACGAUCCACCGAAGAUUCUGGCCUUCGGGUGGCAGCGAGCACCACUACUGGGAGCUUUCUUCAACGGAGCGCUUCUCUUUGCGCUGGGAAUAAGCAUUCUAUUGCAGGCUGUGGAGAGAUUUAUAUCAUUGCAUAACUCAUGUUCAUUGUUGGAUGCGUUGGCUUGGGUCUCAAUAUCCUCAGUGCUGUUAUUCUUCACGGCAGGCUUGUCUUUCUGGAUGCGCAGUCUCGUUGCUAAUGUCAAAGCAUUAGAGGAGAGUUCCCAUGCCCAUCGACACGCGUUAGAUGCGUCGACAGACUCGUCCAUAAGAACCGAUGACGAGGGCAGUAUAAGGCUUCCGCCCAAGAGGACAGGAUCCAGUUGCCGUGAUGUUGGAAUGCUAGGAGUUUUGCUCCAUGUCAUCGGAGAUGCAGUGAACAAUCUCGGCGUUAUGAUUGCUGCACUGGUAAUCUGGUUCACAGAAUAUGAAGGACGAUACUACGCUGAUCCGGGAGCAAGUUUAUGGAUCGCCUUCAUAAUCAUACUAUCUUCUCUUCCGCUCCUGCGGAAGACCGGAUCAAUUCUCUUGGGAUGUGCACCAUCUGGCAUUGAUCUCAAUGACCUAAGAAGUGACCUGGAAAAGAUUCAGGGAGUGCUGUCGAUUCAUGAAAUCAAUGUGUGGCAUAUCAGCCAGCACAAGUCCUUAGCCGUCAUUGGAGUGCUCGUCACCGAUCAACAUGUCCCAGGAUUUACCAAGCUGACCAGCAUGGUCAACGAGUGUUGUCAGAAGUAUGGCAUUCAAUCGGUUGCUCUUCGGCAGAUGCUGCGUUCACAGGAAUUGUCACUGGCAGUGGUAGACAGAAUUUGA